AUGAGCAGUCGCUCGAGCGCGGUCGCCUCGACGUCGUUCGCGACGUCGUUACGUUGUUCAAAGGCUAAAACGCGACGACGAGCUGUUGUUAACAAUAUUGGAAGUUUCGUCGGCGCGAACGACGGGAGGAGAAGACCUUUAUCGGCGGUUGAAUCAUCAUCAUCAUCAGACGAAAAGUUCGUUCCAAUCGAUUAUGAGUCGCAAAAUUCGCCGGGCGAAACCGCAAACGGCCGGUUCGGUCCGGACGCGAUUCUUUUAAUAGGGUUUACCCCGACCGAAAGAACAACUGUUCGAGAAAUGCUGAACGAUAUGGGCGCGGAUUUCAUCGAUUUGAUCACGUGCACGAAAGAGAUGUACGAAACUAUGAGUUUGCGAGAGUGCAUGGGGGUGACACAACGGGAGGAGGACGAAAAAGUGUUUUCAGUCGCCGGGGUGCAGACGAAGAUUGUGAUCAUGAGCGGGAUGAUUGGAGCGGAAGUAGCGAGCGUGGUGGAUGCGUUUUACGAAUCACAGUUUAAGGAUAACGCGCCGGCGUUCGCGUGCGCGGUGCCGAAUAGCUGGGAGAAACCGAUAAAGCAGACCGCAGAGGAGAUCAGCGGAGACCACGCGGAAGCGACGAAGCAACGGAGCGCUUGA